AUGGAUACCCUCUACUCUGCUGAAUCAAAUUCUAAUGAUAAUGAACGGAUACAACUUGUAAAAACAAUAAUAAAAGACGAUGAAACUGAAACUAAAAAUAAAUUUGAUUUAAUGAUUAGUUAUUGUUGGGCUGAAAAAAAAAUUGCUAAAAAUAUUUAUGAAAAUUUAGUUACAUCUGGUUAUCAUUUAUGGUUUGAUGAAGAUAAAAUGCAUGGUAGUACAUUGAGUGCAAUGGCUGAUGCAAUUGAAAAUUCUCAAUGUAUUCUUGUUUGUAUGAGUGACAAUUAUAAACGUAGUAAUAACUGUCAUUGUGAAGCCGAGUAUGUUUAUGUUAAACAACGAAAAAUCAUACCAAUUUUAGCACAAUCAAAGUAUAAAGCUGAUGGAUGGCUUGGAUUUUUAUGUGGAUCAAGACUUUAUAUUGAUUUUACAAAAUACGAUUUUCAAAUAGCAUUUGAUAGAUUAAUUAAAGAAAUAUUUAAUAUAUUUAAAAACAAAACUGAGACAAAAACAUUAAUCGCUCAACCAGCACCUAUAGCUAAACUAUCAUCACCACAACAACCAUCACAAGAAAUAAUCAUUAUGAAUUGUUUAUUUAAAGAGAAAUAUGUGAAAGAUUGGUCGUACAAUGACAUUGUUAAUUGGUGUAAUGAAAAUAAUUUAUUAGCAUUUCCUAAACUUUUAUUACAUUAUGAUGGUAAUAGCUUAAUUUUAUUCUAUGAAAAAUUAUGCAAAACAAAUAUCGAUAAUAUAUUUAAUUUACUUCAAAAGUUAUCGACUGAUUCUAAUUUGUCUAUUUUGGAUUUAAUACGAUUUCAAACACAAUUAGAAAAAAAAAUGAAUGAGGAUGAGAAAAAUAUGAAGAAUCUAAAUGUUGAACAAACCAAUCCGUCAAAUACAGUAAAUAAUAACAAACCGAAACAAAAAUCAUCAUCAAAAAGUUGUUGCAUUAUUUAA